AUGCACCUCAGAGGACCCGUCCACACGGCCUCAGCCUCAGGGGCCGGGGACGAGUCUGAGCAGCUGAACCACCUGGAGCUGAACAAGCCCGACACGGGGACGCUAUUGCGUCUUUUGUUGGAUGACAUCCGGCAACAAGCCGAAGAAGAAGAAGAAGCGGAGGAGGAGGAGGAGGAGCAUGUCCCGGCUCCGCAGUGUGAGGCUGUUCGCGUCGCCGCGGCGGUGGAGGACUUCCUGGCUCACCUGGAGGCCUCCUUCACCGAGUAUGAGGAGGAGAUGGCGGGCCGCCAGCGCGCGCGCCUCCACGCGGGCUCCCGCCCCGAGCACGAAGUCCAGCUCCAUUGGCUGAUUAAAGAAGAGCAGCAGGAGUGGAGUCUGGACCCCGAGGAGCCACACAUCAAAGAGGAACAGGAGGCUGGAGGCCAGCAGGUCUUAGAGGUCCACUUCACUCCUGUCCUCGUGAAGAGUGAGAAGGAGGAGAAGCCUCCGUUGUUCUCGCCUCUUCAAAGACAAAAUGAGGAAGAGGGCGAAGCCGAGCCUCCAUCCAGCAGCUCGGCUCAGCGGAUACAAGCAGACGCAGACCGGGCUUUAGAGCCUGGUCUAACAUGUCUGUCUGGGCCUGCUGGCAGGACCUCACCGCGUUCUGCUGCUGUGACUGGAGACGACGACGAGGAGGAGGAGGAGGAGGAUGGUGGUGAUGGCAAGGCGAUCAGGAAACCUCCGACUGCUUUAAGUGUUGUGGAAGAAGUCGUUCCUGCUGUUGAGACGAGGCUGUGCACUGGCACCAAGUCCUUCAGCUGCUGUCAGUGUGGUAAGAGGUUCGGCCAGCGGCACCACCUCCAGACCCACAUGCGGUGCCACACGGGGGAGAAACCCUUCAGCUGCUCCCUGUGCGGCAAGAGGUUUACCCAGAAGGGGAAUCUGACCCAGCACCUGACGGUGCACACCAGGGAGAAACCCUGCAGCUGUCCCAUCUGUGGAGAACGCUUUGCUCAGAAAGGGAAUCUGACCCAACACCUGACGGUCCACACCAGGGAGAACUUUGUGGGCGAGAGACUGACCAAGACCUUCUGAGAAACACCAUGACCCCACGGUGACCCUCAGAGCCACAGUGACCGCAGCAGUUAAUUAAAUAGAAUAUAUAUAUACAUAAUAAAUACUAUAUAUUAAUAUAUGUAUUAUAUAUAAUAUUUAUUAUAUAUAUAUUCCCAAGGAAGAGUGCCAGGCUGUAAAGCAAAUUCAUCCUAGUUGCCAUGGUGUUUCAUCUUAUAUAGUGUGUGUGUGUGUGUUUUGACUGGAGCACUCAUGUCAUACGACAACAUAGCUCUAUCCACAUUGGAAGAACAAGCGUUAAAGUGCAGCGGACUUUGAGUCGACCACCGGACCCGACGGCCGAGAGGAGAGCGAGGUGGAGGCUCUACUGGACCCGUCCUUCUGAGGGCGCCGUCACACCAGACGCCGUUUGUAAAAGCAGCCGCUACUAAAACGCCUUGGAGUCGUGUUUCCAUUUAGAAUUAUAAAGCUCCUCUAGCUCCUCUAGCUGAGACGCUAGCUGCAGCUGUCAGGUUGAAUGAUGAGCUCUCAGUGGGAGAGAGAACGCUGAGUCAUGUUCCUGAUCCUCUGAAUAAAGGAGUCACUUUACAAUAAAACACCA